AAAUAAAGAAUUUGAUGAGCCAGCUAGGAACCAAGCAGGAUUCCAGCAAGCUUCAGGAGAACUUACAACAGCUGCAGCAUUCUGCAAACCGCCUUGCCAAAGAGACCAACGAAUAUCUGAAGGAGUUGGGGUCUCUACCGCUUCCUCUGUCUGCUUCUGAACAGCGCCAACAGAGGCUUCAGAAAGAACGUUUAAUGAAUGACUUCUCCGCGGCCUUAAAUAACUUCCAGGCGAUACAGAGGCGAGUGUCAGAGAAGGAAAAAGAGACUGUAGCGAGGGCGAGAGCUGGCUCCCGUAUCUCUGCUGAUGAGCGGAAAAAAAAUUCAUUUGAUAGUGGUGAAGAUUGGAAUCAAAUGCAGUCUCAGGAAGAAGAUGUGGCAAUAACUGAACAGGACCUUGAACUCAUUAAAGAAAGAGAAACAGCCAUCAGGCAAUUAGAGGCAGACAUUUUGGAUGUCAACCAGAUAUUUAAGGAUUUAGCCAUGAUGAUUCAUGACCAAGGAGAUAUGAUUGAUAGCAUAGAGGCCAAUGUGGAAAGUGCAGAAGUCCAUGUGGAAAGAGCCAGUGAGCAGUUACAGAGAGCUGCCUACUAUCAGAAGAAAUCCCGUAAGAAGAUGUGUAUCCUGAUUCUUGGUCUUGCUGUGGCUUUUAUAAUCAUAGGAUUCAUUAUCUGGCAGACAACGAAAUCUUCACAUGGAACCUAGUCUCGUUGCUGAGAUUUUUUUUCCCCUCAGAGUGAACAGGCUGACUGGUUUUGGAAAUGAAUUGACCACCCUGAGAGAGCACAAGCUGGAACUACUUCUAGUAAUAGAUAUUAGCAACUAAUGUGCAGAUAACUAGUAUUUGGAAUUCGUGAACCAUAGAGACAGUAUUUAUCAGUUUAUAUACAAAUUAUAUUGGUUUAUGUAACUAAAAAUCUUGUGGUUUUGUUUUCUGUAAUGUAUUAUUCCCUGUCCCAACUGUAUGCUGAAGUGUGAUCUAUAAUUGGAGAUGUCUUGGUUCUGACAAGUGGCACAACUUGAACAUUUUAUAUGUGUAGGUAACUGUGUUGGGCUGGAAUAAGAAUGACAUUCAAAGAGGGCACAACACUCAUUCACAUUACUUUAAUCCACCAGUUUCUAAAGUCUCCAGUAUCUGUCUCGUGGUUUUAUUAGUCUCCAAGCGGCUGUGGUUCUGGAUUCUCUUGGGGAGAAAGAUGUUGUUACAGAUUUGAAAAGCAAGAAGUAUGCAUGGAUGAUAGUCGGAACCACUGCAUGCUAGUCAGUUUAGCCUUGAGACACGUUCGUUAUCAAUUUUUUGAGCAUGGUUGGGG